CACACAAAGACGAGUCCAACUGAUGCAUUUGGGACGAUCAACUUCCAAGAUGGAGAUCAUACUUACCAUGCCAAGUAUAUUAGACUCUCUUAUGAUAGCAAUUUGGACCAGCUGUUGCACCUGAUGGUUAAAGAGUGGCAGAUGGAAUUGCCAAAACUAGUGAUCUCUGUUCAUGGAGGCAUUCAAAAUUUCAAGCUUCCCUCAAAGGUCAAACAGGUUUUCAGCAAAGGAUUGGUCAAGGCUGCUGAGACUACGGGAGCAUGGAUAAUUACGGAAGGCAUCAAUAGCGGAGUGUCUAGGCAUGUGGGGGAUGCGCUGAAAGGCCAUGCCUCCCCGUACUUGCGGAAGAUCUGCGCUGUUGGGAUCCCUCCGUGGGGCAUCCUUGAGAACCAGAGGGACCUCAUUGGAAAAGAUGUAGUUUGCCUGUACCAGACUCUUGGUAAUCCACUCAGCAAGCUCAGUACCCUCAACAGCAUGCAUUCUCAUUUCCUGAUGGCAGAUGAUGGGACAGUAGGCAAGUAUGGGAAUGAAAUGAUGCUCAGGAGGAAUUUGGAGAAGCACAUAUCACUUCAAAAAAUACACACAAGAAUGGGCCAAGGUGUACCUGUAGUUGGGUUGGUGGUGGAAGGAGGCCCCAAUGUGAUCCUAAUGGUGUGGGAGUACGUGAGGGCCAGUCCAGCUGUCCCCGUGGUGGUCUGUGAGGGCACUGGCAGAGCUGCAGAUAUCCUGGCUUUUACCCACAAACACACGGGUGAUAUAGGGGAGCUGCGCCCUCAUGUGAAGGAGGAGGUUUUAGUAAUGAUUCAGAACACCUUUAAUUUGGGGCAGAAACAGUCCAACCACCUAUGUCACAUUUUGAUGGAGUGCAUGGAGCACAGGGAAUCCAUAACCAUAUUUGAUGCGGAGUCUGAGGAACGGCAGGACAUUGAUUUGGCAAUUCUGACCGCACUCCUGAAAGGCACAAAUAUAUCUGCUUCAGAUCAGCUAGAUUUGGCAUUGGCCUGGAACCGACUGGAUAUUGCUAAGAAACAUAUAUUGGUCUAUGGACAACACUGGAAGGUUGGUGCCUUGGAACAAGCAAUGCUGGAUGCUUUAGUGAUGGAUCGUGUAGAUUUUGUGAAGCUGUUAAUAGAGCAUGGAGUGAACAUGCACCGUUUUCUUACCAUAUCUCGACUGGAAGAGCUUUACAAUACGAAACAAGGACCAUCAAAUCUACUGCUGCAUCACCUAGUUCGAGAUGUGAAACAGGUAAUAUACUUAGGAAAGGGACAUUUGGUGUUUCAGAGUACCCUUCCCUUGGAUUACAAGAUAUCCCUAAUUGAUAUUGGGCUGGUGAUAGAGUACCUCCUUGGUGGAGCUUACAGGAGCAGCUACACAAGGAAGCAUUUCAGAAUCCUGUACAACAAUCUCUGCAGAAAACACAAGAGAGUGCUUUCCAGUUUUUCUCAGAGCCUGUCUCAUCAUUCCGUUCAUCAGAGCAAUCACAUGGGUAGCAGAAUGGGAUCUCCUGAAAAUACUUUGCAUAAUCAGUUCUUCAGAACUGCACAGCCUUACAAAUGCAAGGAAAGAUCCACUGCUUUCCAUAAGUCUAAGAAGAAGUCAAAAGAGUUUAUAAACUUUGCAGAAGACUGUGAGUCAUCUGGCUUUAUUUAUCCCUAUAAUGACCUCUUGGUUUGGGCAGUGUUAAUGAAAAGACAGAAGAUGGCAAUGUUCUUCUGGCAGCAUGGAGAGGAAGCCAUGGUCAAGGCUGUUGUCGCUUGCAAACUCUACCGGGCGAUGGCACAUGAAGCUAAACAGAGCAACAUGGUGGACGACACAUCAGAGGAGCUUAAGAAGUACUCAAAGGAAUUUGGGCAGCUUGCUUUGGAUGUGCUCGAGAAAGCAUUCAAACAAGAUGAGCAGAUGGCCAUGAAGUUGCUGACCUAUGAACUGAAAAACUGGAGCAACUCAACUUGCUUAAAGCUGGCGGUGUCUGUGGGACUGCGGCCUUUUGUGUCUCAUACCUGCACACAGAUGCUGCUGACUGAUAUGUGGAUGGGACGCCUGAAGAUGCGGAAGAACUCCUGGCUUAAGGUCAUUAUAAGUAUUCUUCUGCCUCCCACCAUCUUGAUGUUGGAGUUUAAAAGCAAAGCAGAAAUGUCUCAUGUGCCUCAGUCUCAAGACUUCCACCAGUUCACAUGGUACCAUGGGGAUGAGAGCCCACCCAGCGCUAAAGAUGCCUUGUCUCUGAGCCUUACAGUUGUCAAUGGAUCAAACUCUAAUGAUUAUAUGAGAAAAUCCAACGAAGGCCAAGUGAACAGUGGACAAGGAAGCCUUCCUGGAACUAGAAAAAUCUAUGAGUUCUACAAUGCGCCAAUUGUCAAGUUCUGGUUUCACACGAUGGCGUACAUGGCUUUUCUCAUGCUCUUCACAUAUACUGUGUUGGUGAAGAUGGAACCACGACCCAGUGUGCAAGAGUGGCUUGUUAUUGUUUAUAUUUUCAGCACUGGCAUCGAAAAAGUCAGGGAGGUAUUUAUCUCAGAGCCUGGAAAAUUCAGCCAAAAAGUGAAGGUGUGGAUUUAUGAAUACUGGAAUUUUACUGAUUCUAUAGCUAUCAUCCUGUUUAUAAUUGGUUUUGGCUUGCGCUGGUUCAACCCACCUGUUCAAACGGCAGGGGGGGUACUUUACUGCCUGGGUAUAAUAUUUUGGUAUGCACGGCUCCUUGAUCUUUUUGCUGUAAAUCAGCAUGCUGGCCCAUACCUGACAAUGAUUGGGAAAAUGGUAACAAACAUGUUCUAUAUUGUGAUCAUGAUGGCCAUAGUCCUGUUGAGUUUUGGGGUGUCACGAAAGGCAAUCCUUUCCCCAGAGGAGCCUCCUUCUUGGACUCUGGCACGAGAUAUUGUGUUUCAACCCUACUGGAUGAUAUUUGGUGAAGUCUAUGCUGGAGAAAUAGAUGUUUGCGAAUCCAACCAAGACUGUCCUCCUGGCUCCUUCCUCACACCGUUCCUCCAAGCUGUGUAUCUCUUUGUGCAAUACAUCAUCAUGGUCAACUUGCUCAUUGCUUUCUUUAA